AUGAAUUAUUCCGAAAUACUCUUAGAAAUUGAGUGUAUGGUAAGGAUUUUUUGCUGUGUUCCGGAUGUGCACUCUCAAAGUGCAAUAUGGUGUUUCUGUCAGUAGGUCAUAUUUUUUCAGUGUGUGUAUAUAUAUAUAUAUAAUCAAUUCAUUGCUUUGCACUGUAUGCACUUUUUAUAUUAAUCAUAUUUUGCACAUUAUAUAUAAUCAUAUGAUUAGGCUACAUUGUCAUAUUUUUAUUAUUUAGCCUGUGCCUUUUUUUGUCCUGUUCACUUUAUGUACCGGCAUUUUGGUCCGGUUACCAUGGGAACGGCCACACACAGUGGGUGGAGCCCUGGUGUGUUUACAGGCGUUCUUGUUAUGCACCAUGUUUAUUUUAUAUUUAGGUCCCUAUUUUCCCCAUCUUUUUCUUUUUCUCUUUCUUUUUCUUUAGUGCUUUAUGCACUUUUAUGUGGCGAUCGUUGGUGCCGCUGCUGCCAUGGUGUCGCGGGGUUUGUUUCGCGGUCACCAUGACAGCGGGGGUCGUGCGGUCAUGCAGACAGGGGAGGGGCUAUGGGCGCACAUGCGCGAAAGCGUUCUCAGAACGCCGGCUGUCACUGCAAAUAUACACUGGUGAGUUGGAUCUCGUUAUUUAUAUAUAUCUGUCUAUAUGCUAAUUCCUUGAAUUUGGCUUUCAAUUAUGCUAAUUCAGUUUGGGAUUGAAUGUGUAAUUAUGUUAAUUGAUGUGCCUAUUUAAAGAUGGGUAUUGUGAGACACUUUUAUUGUUCCUGAUGAAAGUCCCAGAGGAGGACUGAAACGUUGAGCUGUCAACAAAUUUUUAAAAUAUUUUUCAUUAAACUUUGGAUGUUUUAACCCUUUUUGUGAAUCCGUGAGUGCUGGUCACCUGUUGCAAAGUGGAUAUUUGAUUUUCCCCAGGAUUUCAAGCACCCGGUAUGUAACCAUUUAGUUAGAGUGCAAGGAUACUAUGUAUUUGUGUGUGUGUGUGUGUGUGUGUGUGUGUAAUCUCCUAAUGGCCUAUGCUUCGGGCAUAGGUACUUAAAGUUGUUUAGGCAUGAAGACCACCUAAUUGGUAAUUUUGCUAUAUCCCAUCCAUAGUGCCACCAUAUGUCAGAAUUUUUUACAUACUGGGAUUUUUUUUUUUUUUUUUUUGAGAUGGUGGCAGUACAAAUCUCCCUCCCUCUAAAAUUACAAUUUUGCUUAAGCGUGUAGUCCUGCUACAACUGAGGUGGGUUUGCUGGAGGAAGCACUUUAGGGUCAAGGAGGGACUUUUCUUUACCUAUCUUGCAGAUGCUUGUCCCAGUUAGAAGCGCAACCCAUACAUACUGCCACCGUAUGGGGGGAAAAAAAAUUUAUAAGGAAAAUUUGUUUUUACCCAAUAGUAUACCCACUGAUGCCUGCACCAUAAUCUCGGACUCCACGUGCACAAUUCCACAAAACGAAGUCUGUGAUGAGGUAGUGACUACUGAUGAAUGUUUGGUGACUCUAAGAAGAGCCUUUACGGGACCAGGAACCUAUUGUGUGAAUAUUACACUGGGUGAUGAUGCAAGCCUGGCUCUUGCAAGUACCCUUGUUUCUGUGAGUGAAGGUGAGUAAAGCCACUUGGUGCACAUGAACUGUGAGUACAUCAGAUGCAGACCUGAAGACUGAGUCCCAGUGAAACUUCAGAUAUCUGCUAAUUCAUAAAGGUGAAGGCAAUCCUCAAUUUAUGCAUUGCAGCACAUGGUGAUCUCUGAUCACUUGUGAAUGGGAAUCCUCACUGUAGUAGAGCAGCCUAUCCUUGAGCUGUACCUGGCCAGCUUUGUCCCCACUGGAAGCCACCCAUACUGCUAGAUAUACACAGAGCUGCAGAAUAACCCUCCCCUCAUACAAAUACAAACCACCUACACACAAACUCAACACCACUGACAAUCCACAUGCAAUGCCCCACACAUACACUAACAAAUACACAAUGUGACAUAUCAUCCACGUGGCCCCCCCUUACACUGACCACAAUCAUGGGUACACCAUACCACAAACUAAUGAACAUAUACAAAAUAGCUCAUACGCACAAAUACAAUGAUACAAAGCAACUGUAAUAUAACAAAAGCCGAACACAGCAACCUGCACACCUCCAAUUUAAAAAAAAAAAAAAAAAAUACAAUUUUUAUUUUUAUUUUUUCUUUGGUAACCAUUAAUGUACUUUAUUUUAGGAAUUGGCACACCUGCACCAGUAAAAGAGAUCCUUAUUUACCUGGGAAUUUUGGCUGUUAUUGCUGUAGCUCUUGGUGCUCUCUUGUACAAGUAGGUGUACUUUCAAGUUGUGCAUUGGGAAUCUGCAUAACUGAACUCUAAUAUUUGUAGAUUAACACUACAACUCUAAAUGUUUAUUGUUUAUAUUUUUCUCUCUAAGGAGUUGGGAGACUGGUUCUUCCAUAGUGUAACACUCUCUGUUUAUUACAGGAAAUAUAAAGGCUACAAACGCAUUGAUACAGCUUACCAUAACCGUACCAAUGAAGGGUUAAGUGUGACCUUCAACCAAAUAAAAUCGAGUCUUCUAAAAAGAAAUGAUGAGCACCACCCCCUUCUGAAGACCAAGGCUGGUGUCAUAUAA